UAAUAAUGAUGUUUCAAUGGAAAGAAUUCAUGCUUUUAUUCAUUACCUUUAUUCUUUUGUGUUCCCAAACUUAUUCUGCCAGCAGCAAUUGUGUCCUUAACAUUCAAUACUCUUCAACCUUGAGUAACUCAAACUGUGAACAUCAUAGUUGGGGAGGAUUCAUCAAUACUUGUUGUCAACCACUUUUUGAUGAUUAUCUAUAUGCCUUGGGGCUUCAUGCCAACAAAACUGGAAAGAUAUUUUUGAACCCCUCAGAGCAAGAAAACUGCUUCGUGCCGGCGAAGAAUUUUAAGCUCUGCGGCGGGGUCAAGAAGUUGACAAGGGGAGCCGGUGGUUGCUCUGAUUACACUGUUAUGGAUGUCACCAAGAAGCUUGGUGAAAAUUUAAGGAGAUUAGAUGAAGAUUGUAUGAAUGACAAGCCAAAUGGAAACUGCAGUUCAUGCUUGAAAUCAUGGGAGGAUAUAGUUGUAAGAUCAGAGGAUACAAAGGAAUCAGAAUCAGAGAGUUUCAGUGAUGAUGUUUGUAGGUUUGCUGUUCUUAUCACAAUGACAAGCAUCAAAGUUUAUGAUAGAGAAUCAAUUCAGAAAGUUUAUAAAUGUAUAGGGGGAAACACCAUUUCUGAAGAUAAGCAAGAAAUUCAAGCAAAGGGGCGCAAUGAUAAGCCAGGUCUCAGGAUUCUAGCCUUUGCUUUAACUGGAGUCACAGUAGUAGUACUUCUUGCAGCACUUGCAUUUUUUGUCAGAAGAAAAAGAGGUGCUACAACUCCCACAUUACUAGAAGUUUAUGAGGAUUCAGCAUCAGUUAAAAUAACUUUGAAGGAUGUUUAUGUAGCAACUAACAAUCUCAGCGCCGCGAAUUUCAUUGGCCAAGGCUCGGCAGGGAAAGUGUACAAAGGUAUACUCUCCAAUGGUCUACAUGUUGCAGUGAAGCAUAUUACCAAUGGAAGUUACAUGGAAACAUUUGUUAGAGAAGUGAAAAGCCUUUCCCAUGUUAAACAUCCGAACCUUGUUACGCUGCUCGGAUACUGCGAAAACAAUGAAUCUGAAUGCUUCCUAGUCUAUGAACUGUGCUGCAAUGGAAGCCUGUCACAUUGGCUAUUUGACUAUGAUAAAGUUCUUUCAUGGAUUCAAAGACUAGAGAUUGCUGUUGAUAGUGCAAGAGGCCUCAAGUUUCUACAAACCUACCCAGGUGGCUGCAUUGUUCACCGUGAUAUAAAGCCAGCAAACAUUCUUCUUGAUGCCAAUUUUCAAGCAAAACUUUCAGACUUCGGGUUGUCCAAGGUUAUGGAUGUGGAUCAAUCCUAUGUGAGCUCCGAAGUGAGAGGAACAUUUGGCUAUAUAGAUCCUGAGUAUCGGACAAAUCACCAUGUGAAUGCCUCUGGAGAUGUUUACAGCUUUGGCAUAGUGUUGUUGCAACUUCUAUCAGGACAAAGGCUCCUUCACAGCAAUUUUCACAGACCAAUGUCACUAAGUAAAAUGGCCAAAGAUUCUGCUAGAGGUGGCGAUAUUUCAGAAUUUGCAGACCCUAAACUCAAUGGAGAGUAUUCUGUAGAAGCAUUUGGCAUCAUACUGAAGCUAGCUUUGUCUUGCAUAGGGCUCAAGGAACAAAGGCCCUCUAUAACAAAAGUGUUACAUAGUCUAGAAAAGGCACUAGAUAUCUCAUCAUCAUAAUAAUCACACUCUAUUACAUUAUCUAGAAUAUAUGA